GAUCUCUUCGGCCUGAGCAGAGAACGCGAUGGCCACUGCAAAUGGAUAAUUGGAAACAUGGCGGCUGGAGGAGCAGCUGGUGUGAUAUCCUCCAUGCUUGUCUACUCGCUCGAUUUUGCACGUACCAGGCUCGCAAACGACACCAUACAAUUGGAGAAGACCGGUGCUCGCCAGUACCAAGGUCUUACCGAUGUAUACAAGAAAACUCUGGCAACCGAUGGUGUUUUUGGUUUGUACAGAGGCUUCAGCGCUUCCAUAGUUGGCAUCGUUCUAUACCGCAGCCUCUACUUCGGCAUCUAUGAUUCGGUGAAGCCGUUUGUUCUGGUGGGAUCACUCCAGGGAAGCUUUGCUGCUAGUUUCGCUGUUGGAUGGGUAGUGACAACUUUCUCCAGUCUCACUGUCUAUCCCUUCGAUACCGUGCGGCGCAGGAUGAUGAUGACUUCGGGCGAAGCUGUGAAGUACCGUGGCGCAAUCGAUGCUUUCAGGCUUAUUUGGAAGAACGAAGGAGCUGGUGUUCUUUCGGGCUAUGAUCAGCUGCAACUACAUAUCACUACGUGGUACCACGAAAACUUGUAAUUUUCAAUCUUGCUUUCUCAGAAUCUGGACAUGAACAUCAAUGGAAGAACAGGUUUGAUAUAAA